AUGAACUGGAAGGAGUGUGCUUGGAAAAAGGGAGACGGCAAAGAUUCAGGAUUGAUAUAUGUAAGUGAGCAAUAUCCCUGUGCAAUAAUAAUAAUAAUAAUAAUAAUAAUAAUAAUAAUAAAAUAAGGUUGAUGAAUUUCUCAAAACGAAGAAUUCAUCAAUAUAAUUGACUUUCAUGGUGCCAGAGAUGAUACCAUUUUAAAUGUUUUAUUUCUUUCUUAAUCUUUUUUUCUUUUCAGAACUGUGACUUUGUGAAGAAAUACCCGGACACUUCCCUGCAUGUCUAUUAUGCUGGUAACCUCAGGGUUGCCUUUUGUGACCGCUGCUGUAGUCGCUGGUAUUUCACCUUCAAUGGAUCCGAGUGCAGCUCCCCUGGAACUAUUGAUGGAGCAUUCUACAUUCACACAGGCAGAAACCACAAUCUUCACCGUCACCGCCACAUUGAAGGUCACUGCAACAACAUUCAGAAAGGAAAGGUGCGAGUAGCAUUCUGGGUUGGAAAGUGCGUCAGAGGGGAACAGCUUGCUGACGCCGUCUCCGGUUGGCAUUCAAUGAAUCGUAUCUUCAUUGAAGAAGUAGCAAAAGCUCAGCAGUGA